GUCAACAUUUCCUUAAAAAAAUGCAGUCGGUCAUUUCAGUUGUAGUUGCAACAUUUAAAUUCGUAACUUUAAAUUCCAUGUAUCCAUUCUGAUUUUCAAGAAACUUUGCCUAUUUUCUUGCAUGGCUUCUACAAUUGUCCCUUAUCUAUUUCUACUUGCAUUUUUAGUGCUUCCACCUUCAACAAUUGCUAAAUCUUACAAAAACAUUAGUUUAGGCUCAACACUCACUACAAGUGAUGUUACUAAUUUUUGGCUAUCUCCAUCUGGUGAAUUUGCUUUUGGCUUUCAAAAAAUUGGAAAUGGUUCAUCAGGAUUCUUACUAGCCAUUUGGUUCAACAAACUCAAAGAAAAGACCAUAGUUUGGUCAGCCAAUAGAAAUAAAAUCGCACCAGAUGGAUCCAAAAUUCUGCUCUCCAUCGAUGGAAAUCUGGUGUUUUACACAGUUGAAGCAAAUAAUGCAUAUUGGUCAACCACGACUGGUGGCAGUGGUUACCAGGUGAUCUUCAAUCAAUCCGGCUUUAUUUUCGUUCAAGCAAAGAACGGAACUCUGUUGACUUGGAUAUCUUCUUCCAAUGAGGCAAACUCAACAACAAGCCAAUUGUAUCAGCGAGCGAUUCUUGAAUAUGAUGGAGUUUUUAGGCACUAUGUCUAUCCAAAAAAAUCUUCUAGUGGCAGGCCGAUGGAAUGGUUUACUACUUAUAACAUUCCAGACAACAUCUGUUUGUCUAAACCGCAAGGUAUAGGAGGCAUCGCCUGUGGUUUCAACAGCCUUUGCUCGAUUGGAACUGACCAGCGGCCAAGAUGUAAGUGUCCACUCGGGUAUAUCUUGAAUGAUCCGAACGACAAAUUAGGCAAUUGCAAACCGAAUUUCCCCCAGCAAGAUUGUAAGGAUGAAUCGCGAGAUGUUGAGGCUUUCACUAUCUACGAAAUGCCCAACACUAACUGGUUCGGCGGUGAUUAUGCAUCCUACCUAGAUGGCACAGAGGAUUCCUGCGGACAGAAUUGUUUAAGUGACUGUUAUUGUGCUCUUGCUGUUUAUUACAGAGGAUCUUGUUGGAAGAAAAGGUAUCCGCUUUUAAAUGGGAGAGUAGAUCCAACAGAUUCAACGAAAGCUUUUUUAAAAAUAAGGAAAGACAACUCCACAGUGGGACCGAGAACAACAACAACUAUUACUACGCCUCAGUCUCAGGAUGGUGAAAAAAGGAAAAAUCAAUCUAGUCUAAUCAUUUCUGUUUCUGUAUUGUUGGGCAGUUCAAUUUUCAUCUUAAUGUUGUUGGCCUUUUUGUAUGUUUUUAAGUUCAAAUGGAAAAAAACAAAGAAGAUGUUACCAUAUCAAGUUGUUUCAGGAGUGAACAUAAGAUGUUUUAGCUACAAUGAGCUAGAAGAAGCUACAAACGGAUUCGAAGAAGUGUUAGGAACCGGGGCCUUCUCAACAGUUUACAAAGCGGUUCUUAAUGACGAAAAUGGGAAAAUCGUCACUGUCAAGAAACUACACAAGACGGUAACAGAAGGAGAAGAAGGAUUCCAUGCUGAAGUGAAUUCAAUCAGCAGGACUAAUCACAAGAACUUGGUCCAACUCCUCGGGUUCUGCAACGAAGGCCAACACCGUCUUUUGGUAAAUGAACACGUGAAAAAUGGCUCAUUAGCAGACUUGUUAUUCAAAGAUUCUAGGCUUAGUUGGUCCAAAAGGGUACAAGUUGCUAUAGACACUGCUAAAGGGCUUUGCUAUUUGCAUGAAGAGUGUCGUGCCCAAAUUAUACACUGUGACAUCAAGCCCCAAAAUGUGCUCUUAGAUGAAAGUUUGACAGCAAACAUAGCAGAUUUCGGAAUAGCCAAGCUUUUGGGGAAAGAUCAGACUGGAACGACCACUAAGGUACGUGGAACGAGAGGAUACGUCGCCCCAGAGUGGUUCAGGAACACGGCUAUAACCGUCAAAGUGGACGUAUACAGCUUUGGAAUCUUGCUUUUAGAGCUGAUCUGCUGCAGAAAAAGUUACAAGCAGGACGUGGCGAAUGAGAACGAGAUGAUACUUGCGGAGUGGGCUUGUGAUUGCUAUAGAAGAAAGGAGUUGCACUUACUCGCAGGCGAUGAUGAAGAGGCAAUAGAAGAUAUCAUGAGGUUCGAGAAGUUGUUGAUGGUUGCUAUUUGGUGCAUUCAAGAAAAUCCAGCAUUAAGGCCUAGCAUGAAGAAUGUUAUGCUAAUGCUUGAAGGUUCUGUGGAAGUCUCAAUUCCUCCUGACCCUUUUUUCUUUAUCUGUUCUGUUUAUCAAGGGAAAAGGUGGAAAUAUACCCCUUAACUUUGCGAUUUAGAGCAGAUAUAUCCCAAUUAUAAAAGUGUUGUAAAUAUACUCCUACCGUUACAAAAUAGUGCAAAUAUACCCUCUUUGCUAACAAAAUUUUAUUUAAAAAUCAUUUAGUUGAUUUUUUAAUUAAAAAAAAUACCACGUGGCUUUAAAAAAAAGUCCACCCGUUUUUUUUUAGUAGGCGUAUUUUUCUAAAGCCACAUGAUAAUUUUUUUUUUCUGGUGGGUCAGGUCUGGUUCGUUUAAAAAAAUGGGUAGACUUGUUUUUUUUAAAGCCACAGAGAUAUUUUUUUAAACGAACCAGACCCGAUCCACCAAAAAAAAAUUUACCAUGGGCAUUAGAAAAAUAUGUCUACUCAAAAAAAAUGAGUAGACUUUUUUUAAAGCCACGUGGCAUUUUUUUAAUUAAAAAAAUAAGCUAAAUGAUUUUAAAAAAAAUUCCGUCAGCCAAAAGGGUAUAUUUGCACUAUUUGUGUAAGGCAGGGGUAUAUUUGCACUAUUUUAUAACGGCAAGUGUAUAUAUAUACUGCUUUUUUAACGGAGAGUAUAUAUGCUCUAAAUCGUAAAGCUGAGAAGUAUAUUUGCACCUUAGAUCAAUCAUGUUUUCUCCCUUAUCCUUUUUGUUUGCACCCAAAGGCUAUAGAAUGAAACCUGUAUGUGUGCUCAUAAUCAAAACUAUAUCUGUAUGUCCUCUGCAUUAUGUUUCUUGAAAUGUAUUAUUCCAAUUUCAAGUUCAGUUUAAUCAUAGAAAAUAAAUUAAGAAAAUGUUGUCAACUGUGUUCGAUACAAUGAAUAAAUAGGAACGAUAUUUGAGAUAA